GCGAAAACUCGUCUUAUUUUAGCACUAGCUAUCAACCAUGUUUUUUCAGUUGAUAAAACAAAACGUCAUUUCAAUGUGUGAAAAUAACAAAGAUGGCUGAAGAACAGGAGGUGAUUCAGAUAGAGCUGCUAUGCAAACAGUUGUACGAGUCCCCGGACCCAGCGCUCCGGGAGCAGGCAGAGAAGGCUGUCGUUGCUUUUCAGGAGUCUCCGGAUACAUUGAGCAAAUGUCAAAUGUUACUAGAGCGGGGCGAAUCGAGCUAUUCACAACUGUUGGCAGCCACCACACUUGGAAAACUUAUAAGCAGGUCGACGGCCAGCCUUACCAUCCAGCAGCGUUUGGAUAUAAGGAAUUAUGUACUUAACUACCUCGCGACAAGGCCGAAAUUGGCUAAUUUCGUUGUACAGGCCCUAGUGACCCUGUACUCAAAGAUCACGAAACUCAGCUGGCUGGACAUGGUCAAGGAGGAGUACGUCUUCCACAACGUCGUUAACGACAUAACGAGCUUUCUCAGGAGCCAAGAGCUGUGCACGGUGGGGGUGCAGCUACUGUCGCAGCUGGUGGUGGAGAUGAACCAGGUGUCGGAGGCGGACGCGAACCGGUCGCUGGCCAAGCACAGGAAGAUCGCCUCCUCGUUCAGAGACACGACGCUGUUCGAGAUAUUCCGCCUGGCGUGCUCGCUGGUGGGGGCGGCGCGGGGGUCGCGCGCCGACAGCCUGGUGCUAGCGCUGCUGCGGCUCGCGCACAACUGUCUCGCCUUCGACUUCAUCGGGACCUCGGGGGACGAGGCCUCCGACGACCUCUGCACCGUGCAGAUUCCCACGUCGUGGCGGCCGACGUUUCUGGAAUCGACUACGCUAGAGCUGUUCUUCGAGCUGUACCACGAGCUGGGCGGCGCCAUGUCGAGCCUCGCGCUGGCCUGCCUCGUGCAGCUCGCCUCCGUGCGCCGCUCGCUCUUCAGCAACAGCGAGCGCGCCAAGUUCCUCAACAGGCUCGCGGCCGGCGUGCUCAGGAUACUCGACAACACUCAGGGUCUGUCGGAUCCGGCGAACUACCACGAGUUCUGCCGCCUGCUGGCCCGCCUCAAGUCCAACUACCAGCUGGGGGAGCUGGUCAUGGUCGACAACUACCCCCGGCUCAUCGAGCUCAUAGCGAAGUUCACGGUGCAGAGUCUACAGAUGUGGCAGUUCGCCCCCAACUCGGUGCACUACCUGCUGUCGCUGUGGCAGCGCAUGGUCGCGUCGGUGCCGUACGUGAAGGCGACGGAGCCGCACCUGCUGGAGACGUACGCGCCCGGCGUCACCGCCGCCUACAUCGGGUCGCGCCUCGACGCCGUCUCCUGCGUCGUCAGGGACAACGUGGAGGACCCGUUGGACGACGCUGGCACCGUGCAGCAACAGCUCGAGCAGUUGUCCGUCAUCGGGCGCUGCGAGUACGGGAAGACGUGCGCGCUGCUCGUGGCGCACUUCGACCGCGCCGCCGCCGCAUACGCGCACGAGACGCAGCCGCAGCAGCUGCUCGUGCUGCAAGGUCAGCUGACGUGGCUCGUGUAUAUAAUCGGGGCGGCCAUCGGGGGCCGCGCGUCCGUGAACACGUGCGAGGAGAACGACGCGAUGGACGGCGAGCUCGUGUGCCGCGUGCUGCAGCUCAUGGACCUCACCGACUCGCGACUCGCGCAGGGAGGCUGCGAGAAGCUGGAGCUGGCCAUGAUGUCAUUCUUCGAGCACUUCCGCAAGAUCUACGUCGGGGAGCAGGUCCAGAAGAACAGCAAGGUGUACCGCCGGCUCAGCGAGGUGCUCGGCCUCAGCGACGAGAGCCAGCUGCUCAGCGUGCUCGUCAUGAAGAUCAUUACGAACUUGAAAUACUGGGGCGGGUCUGAGCAGAUCAUCGGCAAGACCCUCGGCCUCCUCAGCGACCUCAGCGCCGGCUACUCGUGCGUCCGGAAACUCGUCAAGCUGGACGAGGUGCAGUUCAUGCUGACGCACCACACGGCCGAAUAUUUCCCGUUCCUCGGUAUCUCUGGCGUGGGCACGUCGGAGAUGCGGUGCCGCACCAUGCUGUACACGGCGCUGGGCCGCCUGCUCAUGGUGGAGCUGGGCGAGGACGAGGAGCGCUUCCACGCAUUCAUGAUGCCGCUCACUGCCGCGUUCGAGAGCAUCGUGGGUCUGCUGGACGGGGCGGUAUUCGCGUCGGAGGAGGCCAAGAAGACGCUGAUCGGCCUCGCGAGGGACCUCCGGGGGCUCACGCUCGCCUUCAACACGAAGACAACGUACAUGAUGCUUUUUGACUGGAUUUACCCGGUGUACAUGAAGGUGUUACUCCGGGGCAUCGAGCUCUGGUACCCGGAGCCGGCGGUGACGACGCCGGUGCUCAAGCUGACCGCCGAGCUCGCGCAGAACCGGAACCAGCGCCUGCACUUCGACGUGAGCUCGCCCAACGGCAUCCUGCUGUUCCGCGAGCUGUCCAACAUCAUAUGCGGCUACGGCAGCAGGAUCCUGACUGUGGAAGUGGACAAGAAGCAGCUGUACGCCUUGAAGCUGAAGGGGAUAUCGCUCUGCUUCUCCAUCCUGAAGGCGGCCCUCUGCGGGAACUACGCAAACUUUGGUGUAUUCAGGUUGUACGGGGACGAGGCACUGGACAACGCGUUGAACAUGUUCGUCAAGCUGUUGCUGAGCAUUCCGCAGAGCGACCUACUGGUUAGUGACUACCCGAAGCUGUCGCAGACGUACUAUGUCCUACUGGAGCGGCUGGCCCAGGACCACAUGAGCUUCCUUGCGAACCUGCAGCCGGAGCCGAUCCUGUACAUCCUGUGCUCCAUAUCCGAAGGACUGACGGCUCUGGAUACGACGGUGUGCACGGGAUGCUGCGCCACCUUAGAUUACAUCGUCACGUAUCUCUUCAAACAACUCGUACAGAAGACGAGCAACAAAGUCCCGAAGCCCCGCCAGCCCCCGCCGGAGAUCAGCAACAUGUUUGUGGAGGUGCUGCAGCGGAGACCGGAGAUCAUGCAGCAGCUCCUAGCCACGGUUCUGAACGUGAUAAUAUUCGAGGACUGCUGCAACCAGUGGUCGAUGUCGCGGCCGCUGCUCGGGCUGAUCCUGCUCAACGAGGAGCAGUUCUCGCGCAUCCGCGGCGAGAUGAUCGCGCAGCAGCCGCGCGACAAGCAGGCGCAGCUGGCGGACUGGUUCAACGGGCUCAUGGCCAGCAUCGAGCCGAACCUGCUCACCAAGAACCGGGACAGAUUCACGCAGAACUUGUCCGUGUUCAGACGGGACAUCAACGACCUGCUGAAGGGCACCUCGGUGUCGUCGGCCGGGUCCGUCAACGACAUGAUGACGUCAUAAUCAAGCGAUGACGUCACGCGGACCCGUGUGCACGUGGCGUGGGCGUCGCGCGACCGCGGCGUGCGGGGGGUUGGGGGGAGGCAGGGUCGCUUAUACAUAAUCGAUGUGGGUAUUGUGAUAUUAUUACCGGUUGAGAGCGGCCCGCUGGUCCCGGUUCGAACGUCACGCACUGAUGAUGUCCACGGACUCCGGUUGUGACGUAAACGAUCGUAUACCGAGUGUCUGUCAGGCUUGGUGAUUAAAAUGGACGUAAUUUUUUUUUUUUUUAAUAUAGAACUUUGAAAUUAUGAAUUAAAUGUGUGAAAUAUUGUGCGAGGAAAAUAGACAUUCAGUUCAGCGUUAGGUGCGUUUGUGUUGGGUUUUUUUUUUCGUGUCUGUGGCUAGGCUCGCGUUAAGUGGUCACCGGAGUACAGCGUCAAUGGUCGUCUCUCAGUUGUAAUUGUAUAGUGUUUUAAGAAAAUUAAUAAUUGUGACUGUUUUGAGUUUUUAUUAGAUACAUUGUUAUUCCUUCACCGUCAAAGUCAAUCUUGAACAUAUUCGCACCCUUAGAAUUGAAGUGGUUUAAUUAACUAAACAUUUCAAAAGAAAAUUAGUUUUAUAUUUUGAACGACUUAUAUAAACAUUGUAUUUAUUCUAAUAGUUUUUAUAAAAUUAAAUUAUGUAAAAUUAAAAAUUAAAUUUAUAUUUUAGUCUAGAAAAGGUCAACACUUUCCUUUUAUUUAAAAUUAAUCUCUUUUUAAACAAUUUAAAUCAAUCAUAUAUUUUUUUCUUUUUUGUAAAUGCCAAAGAUAUAAUUGAAAAAUUGUUGUUUUUCAAUUUAGAUUUUAAUACUUUAAGCCUUAAAGCGCAUACCUUAAAACUUUAAAGCUUUAAAGUAUUGAAAUCGAAAUUGAUGAAUUUGCAAAUUUUUGGCGUUUACCAAGAAAAAGACAAACAGGAAUUUUAGUUUAAGUUACUUCAAUUCUAAAGUUGGAACAUGUAGAGUGUAGUAAGUAUUUCAUCAGAACAACACAGUCUCUCGAUACUAAUGCACCGGACGUCUCGCACAUCAGGCAACGACGCUUUCAUCUAGGACGAUUUUGAAUAAAAUUGACUCACAUGAGUCGACUAUUAUCAAAGCCGGCAAUCUGACUUUUGGACAAUUAUUGGUAAAUCAGAAAAAACGCAUUAUUGACUUUGUAUUCCAUUGGCAGUCACAAAACUCUUCGGAACGACAUCUUAUAUAAAUAACAGGUUAACUAUUAACCUUUAUUUAAUGCAGGUUUUGAACCGUAUUCUUUGAAGGAGACGAUUAUAUUCAAAUCAAUCUGUAUUGAAAUAUCAAUAACAUUUUUUUGUCCAAAUGCACAGAUUGCCACCUUUGAUAAUAGACGACUCACAUCUCCUAUUUACCUUCACAGCGAUGUGUGAUACUUUAUCUUAAUAUCAUAACGGUUAAUGUGUCAUAGAAGCCUUAUGAGCCCGUAUUAAAAAUGUCGGAUACAGCUAUCGGAGCUUUAGAUAUCCGGAAUACGGAUGUAGUAAUGAGUUAUGGGAGCUUUUUUUUUUAGUUUUUGUUCAUCUUAACUUUUAUAAACAAAUAAAAGAAAUUAAAUUUUCCCCCUUUAUAUUUCCCCCUUUGUGUCUUUUCGUUUAUUUUUGUGUACUUCUGUCUCUUUCAUUCAGUCUUGUUGAAUAAAGAGAGAGAGAGAGAGAGAGCGAGAGAGAUAGUUGCAACACGUUUUAAAUUGAUUAAUUAAUCUUAAUAUUUAUUGAAAAAAAAAAGAUUAAAUUUUCCCGCUUUGUCUUAGUGUUGUGACUAAUCUACAUAACGGCUGGCAGACGGCCCGGCGUUUUAUUAAGUGACUUAUUAGUAUUAUUAUUAUUAUUAAUAUUAUUAAAUUUUAAGAAUAAGGAAGUAGCAUUCAUAGAUAUUUAAACCCUUGAGGGUAGUUGUAGGGAGUUGUGAAAGAGCUCUAAGGCUUACCUGUUUCAAAUACGAUUUAGUUUAAUGCCUUUAUAGACAAACGACAGUCUAUUUGAUGGUAAGCGAUAAGUGUCGCCCAUGGACAUCUGCAGUGCCCGUUAUCUGUUACGUAUAAUAACGAUUAAUUGUAACAGUCUCCUUGUAACCGACUCGUAAAGCUCCGAUAACUUAUCGAUAAACCUUAUUAAGAAGGGAUCUAGAACGUUCCGUUUAUUUUUUUGUGUAUUUCUGUCUCUAUCGUUUAGUCUUGUUGAAUAGAGAGAGCGAGAGAGAUGGUUGCAAUAACUUGUUUUCUAUUAAUAGUUUUGUAUGUACCUGUGUAUAUAUUGCACCUUUAGUAUUAUAGAGAUCCAUCCCCAAAAAAAUUGUUUUUUUGAAAACAUCGAAAGUUUUUAAAUCGAUUUCGACUUAAAGGGAGUGAAAGAGAACGAUGAAUAAGUUUGUCCCUUUUUUAAGCUACUUUUAUUUGAUUAUUAAGAGUCGCUGAAAAGGGUCGUUCUAAGUUCAUUUUUGAAUUAAAGUCGAAAUUCAAAAAUUUCGGAUUUGGUCUCUGUAAUUCUAAAGGUGCUAUAUGUGACGUCAAGACGUCAUGUUGACUUGAGAAUCCGCCCACACGCGUCAAGGAAUUACGAUGAUAUAAUAAUAUCGAUGGGUGAAAUGUUGUCUGGUUUAAGCUACAUUUUUGCAUAAUUACAGGCGAGUCGAUUAUAAUUUGCGUAAUUACUACUGGUGGUAGGACCUCUUGUUAGUCCGCGCGGGUAGGUACCACCACCCUGCCUAUUUCUGCCGUGAAGCAGUAAUGUGUUUCGGUUUGAAGGGUGGGGCAGCCGUUGUAACUAUACUGAGACCUUAGAGCUUAUAUCUCAAGGUGGGCGGCGCAUUUACGUUGUAGAUCUCAAUAAGAGUACGGCAUUAACGCGACGAUGUCCAUUGCGGGCUCCCGGUCUAUACCUAUGAUAUGAAUACAAAAACAUUCGUCAUCCAUUGCUGUCUCUCCGCGGAUACCCUAGACUCGAUAGGAUGUUUAUUACAAAACUGCGAUCAAUUUUAAACGAACCAAAAUAUAUAUCGACGCUUGAAAGGCAAACGUGACUAAGCGACAAUAAUUGCUUUGUACAUAAAUGAUAGGCAAUAAUCAUAAUCGAUGCGGAAAAAAAAUAUAUUUCUAGGUCUAUUAAAAUCAUUUCAAUCCUGCAGCUAGAUUCGUUAAAAUAGAUAUUUUUUCAGGUAUUUCAAAUUUAAAUUAGUCUACUGUAAAGUUCACGGAUUGUCGCUUAGUCACGUUUGCCUUUCAAGCGUCGAUAUGUAUAUCUUUCAAUUUCCCUACAACGCUUGAAAAUUCGAUCGUCUUAUUAAUAAUGCGUCGUGUCUUCUAUUAUAUCUGGUUCGAAUGAUUCUUGUGUUAUUUGAGAGUUAAUUGUGUUUUUAACCGACUGCAAAAAAGGAGGAGGUUGUCAAUUCGACUACGUUUUUUUUUAGUGUAUUUAAAAUUUGUGUUUGACUUGGCUCGAAGGAGAUAUGCCCUUUGCCUGGGAACUUUGAAAAUGUAUUACGUUUUUUUUUUUUGUGAAAUUAUAUUUAGUUCAUAAGCGUUCCAAUUAAUUUGUUUUUAGUACACAGAGCGUUGGGAUUUAAGGCGCGUUUUUCUAAAAGCGAUUCGAAAUGAGUCUUAUUUUGCCUAAGCUUAAAGUCUAGAAUCGCAUGACGUAUUUGAAUUAAGGAAACAAUUUUUUUUUUUUACAUAUGAAAUUUUUAUAGCGUUUGUGUAAAAAUUUGUAUACUAUUAAUAAUUGAAAUUCUAAUGUAUUAUAAUAAUAAUAAAUAAUGGAUGAAUUUUGUUUAGAGACCAAUACAAUAUUACUUUUCAAUGUCUUAUCUAGGUAUUGUAUGUUAUUUUUUAUUUGAUUUUCGCAUUAACCCUUUGACUGUCGUGUAGGUCACCGGUGCCCUACGCGGCGCACUGAAGUAAUUAUAUCGAUUUCUCUUUUCGAUCUUCUUACUAAAGCACCGGAAGACUUUGUAGUAGACUAGUAGACUCUGAAAAAGAUGAAUCCGAACUAUAUUGAGAACGAAUUUAUUUCUAAGACACCUAAAAUACUAAAACAUUCAUUAACGAACAAAUUAAGGUGGUAGGACCUCCUGUGAGUCCGCGCGGGUGGGAACCACUGCCCUACCCGUUUCUGCCGUGAAGCAGUAAUGCGUUUCGGUUUGAAGGGUGGGGCAGCCGUUGUAACUAUACUGAGACCUUAGAACUUAUAUCUCAAGGUGGGAGGCGCAUUUACGUUGUGGAUGUCUAUGGGCUUCAGUAACCAUUUAAAAUCAGGUGGGCUGUGAGCUCGUUCAACCAUUUAAGCAAAAAAAGAAUGCUAAGUUAGUCCAUCCAGGCGCCUUAGUAACGAAAAUCGACAUGAUUACUUCAGAGCGCCGCGUAGGACACCGGUGGCCUACACGUCAGUCGAAGGGCUUAAUAUUUUCUUCUCUUAGUAUACCAGAUGGUUAAAAACACUAUGUGUUUUUAACGUGAGCAGACAAAGCGAUAGAAUUCUGUAAUUAAAUAAAUAAUACUUUAAAAAAAAACUAACAAAAUACCAUUUUACAGAAAAUCCAACUAAAAAUUAGAAAAUAAAUUUUAAUAAAUUUGAAUUAAAAAUUGUAUAAGAAAAAGUGAUUUUAUUGUAAAAAAAAAAAAGCGUGGCGUGCUUUUCAGGAUAUUAUCAAAAUAACCCUUCUACUCAUAUCUGUUUAUAAAAUAUUUAUAACUACUGAUACCAUGCACCCCAAGCUUUUUUUUCAAUAAAAUCGUUUUUUCUUACACUAUUUUUAAUUAAAAUUUAUUAAAAUUUAUUGUCUAUUUUUUGUUGGAUUUUCUAUAAAAACGUAUUUUGUUAGUUUUUUUAAACUAUUAUUUAUUUUUCAUUUUUUUUGUUGAAUUUUUUCAAUUUUUUUUAAUAUUGAAUUGUCAUCGGUCCUUAAUAAGUAUACCAAAUUUCGAGUUAAUCCGACGUUUUGAAGGGAGUCAAAAUCAUGUUCAAAGAUUCCGUUACAUACUAACAUACAUACGUCUGAAGCUAAUAAAAGUGUAUUAAAAAAACAAGUCACUUUACCCAAAUUACUUUUCAAUUAGACUGACUCGGUGGUGUAGUGGUUAGCGGCCCAGACAGUUGAGCCGAGGGUCGUGGGUUCGAUUCCCACAUCGCGCAAACAUUCGUGUGAUGAACAGCUUUGUUUGCUCUCUGUCUGGAUGUGUGUUAUCUAUAUCAUCUGGUCGCAUUAAAACUGUAUAAUCUCAAAACUUACAAAUUUUACGGGAGAGUGUUUUAAAGGUUUAAAAAUGUGAUAUUUUUAUUAUUAAAAGUCUUUGCAACAUUUAUUUUUUAUUUUUUACCAGAUACAUUGUCUUUUAAAGUAAGACAAAACUAUGUAUUAACUAGAUGAUGACCGAGCUUUGCUCGGUUUAUGCUUUGAUAACGCCAUCUUGUUGUGUCUUUAAAGCGGUUAGUUGCCCUCAAUUAAGAAAAAUAGUAUUAUUAUUCGCCAAUAGAUGUCGGGAAGAGUUGAUUAUUGAAAACACGAGUAAAACAACAUUUUCUGAAAAUAAAUCGUAGCUAGAUCGAUUUAUCGCCCCCGAAAUCCCCUGUAUACUAAAUUUUUCCGAGAUUCAGAUUAUAUAAAUAUAUAUUAAUAUACAAGAAUUGCUUGUUUAAAGGUAUAAGAUUUUGUUAAUUAUAAUCAAAACAUAGGUAAACUAAAAAAAAACAACUAAACAACGCUCUUUUGACAAUAUUUAUGAGAAAAAUACUGAUGUUAUCAAAUGAUUCCGCUUAUUAACUCAAUUUCGAAUAUUUUUGGAAAUUGUACACUUUAAUGCGAAAAGACGAUAUAUGUAUAUAAUAUGUAAACGUAUAUAAGUAUGUUUAACAAUUUCUGGUAGCCAUAACACAGGGAAUUUGGGACUGGAUGACCGCGCGCGAUUUGUUUCCAGCUAUUAUUAAUUAAUUAAUUUACAUUCUAAAUUAUUUACCAUCGCUGGAUUAAUUGUUUUCAAACGCAGCUCGUCAGUGCUUGUGAUGAGACUGUAACUUUGUUUCGCCCGGUUAGGGUCCGUUCACACGGACCGGCUCGAAGAGAUCUGUGUGCUUAGUGCGAUUUUUUUAACGUUCUCGAUACCGUAAAAGUUAACUAAGAUUUGUAUGCAGUUGGAACAGCGCCCCUAGCGGCAAACGCAGGCAAACGUUCCAACUCCAUACAAAUUAUAGUUAACUUUUACGCUAUCGAAAACGUUAAGAAACUCGCGCUAAGCACAGUGAAAGCGGCUCGUCUUAGUAUUUAACACGCAGCGCGUUCAAGCAUUCUUAAUGACAAAAAAGUGCACAUGCAAAACUAAACUUUACUACAAUCACUCAAAACUCUGUUUUCAACGUGAUAAAAAUCUGCUCUCCUCUCCGAGUCGGUCUAUGUGAACGGACCCUUAAUAAAAUAUCGUUUGAAUGUUAAAGUUUAUUGAUAGGACACGCAAUGGAUAGUGUACUUUUAGAAUCGAUUUAAAACGUCGAAUCGAUUGUCCAAAAUCUAUUUGUCUGGUGUAGCGUUGUUCCUUACGAUAUAUGUUAAGUAAAUAAAUGUAAUAAUAUGUUGUGUGAACGUGUUGUUAGUUUAAAAAAAAUAUGUAAAUAUUAUGAAAUAUAAUGAGUAAUUUGUACAGUU